AUGCCAACGAUAUUCGAGCUGGAUCGCUCGGAGCUCGAAAGCCUCUGUCUUUUCCUGAGGCCGGCAUUAGAGACUAUCCGCCUUGAUCGUACAUCCACAGAUCGCCUAAGGGCGUUGAUUACGGAAUGGCUUUUACUCAACGAUCUCUCGACGAUGCAUUCAUUCGAAAGGAGGGAAGAGCAGUGGGUGAGGCCGGACAAGGCUGAUUGUCAGAGCUGUGGAAGAUACAGGGUUGGACGACGUAAGUGUAAUACAAUUUGAGGGGCGAAUAAGAAUCGUAUGAGUGUCCAAUUUCUUUGAAGGCUAUUAAGAAGGUUCACACUGAUGCCAAAUGAUUAAAAUUACUAGAAUUAAGCAUCCUUUAUAAUGAGAAAGCAAUUGGUAAAUUACAAGCUCUCUGAUUUCAGCGGAAGUUUAUCGAGAAUUGGAUGUAAUUCAAGUCACGACCCCUGACAAACAAUUAGAAUCAAUGGAAAUGAUCACAACCCCAGGUACAAGUGCCACAACACCUCAGGAACCCGCGAGGAUAAUCGGGCUGGGAGAGGUUGUUGAGACUCAACCUGGGGCUACCGGAUUUGUUCAAGUCAAAACGUAGGCUUUAAGAACCAACUAUAUAUUUUUCAUUACCUUGAGACUUCUCUUAUCCCUUCUUAUAUUUUUUUGAUUACAAAAAAACCCUUUUAUAUUGUUUCACCUCUUCCAGAGCGGACACGUCUUGGCAUCGUCCCACCGGCAAGCCACCACCCACGCCCGCUCAAUAUCGUCGCCACAAACCCACCUGGGGAGGGAGUUGUUGUUUCUGUUGUUGUCCCGAGAACUCUCCACCUCCACGACGCCGGGUUCCGGUCACUCCGAAUCCUCGAACCCAACUACACGACGAUGAAGAACCCACUGGUUGCGUUGACUAUUGCGUGAUGUGCAUUCUCUGUCAGUGCAUGCGGAUCUAA